CCUCCCGCUGCGUUUCCUCGUCGCCGCUGAUGUCUCCGGUUCUGUCCUCGAAACAUCGACGACACUUUUAGCUUCUGGAACCUCCGCCGAGAGGAGGGAGACAUGAGGAGUUUGGGGACACUCCGGCGACAGUGACGCUCCACCUGAGCCGGCGGGACGAUGAAGGACGAGGGCGGCGGGGCGGCAGCGGAGAGGCCGCGUGCGGCUGCAGGAAGCCCCGCUCAGACCCCUGCACACUCCAACGGACACGCUGUCACUCAAAACGGCCACAACCCGACAACCCUGCCUUCGCCAGACUCACAAGUCCCCAGUCCAGCACCAGGCAGCGCCAGCGUGGUCCCACGGGAGCAGUGGGGCGGGAAGCACGAGUUCCUGCUCUCCUGCAUCGGAUACUGCGUGGGACUCGGGAACGUGUGGAGGUUCCCCUACCUCUGCUAUCGCAACGGAGGAGGCGUCUUUCUAAUCCCUUACUUCAUCAUGCUCUUUGUCACGGGCGUUCCCCUCUUCCUCAUGGAGCUGAGCCUGGGUCAGUACGGCGCUGCCGGGCCCAUCACCGUCUGGAAAUGCUGCCCUCUGUUGAAAGGUAUCGGCAUCGGCAUGUUGUGUGUGUCCACCCUGGUCUGCCUCUACUACAACGUCAUCAUCGCCUGGACCUUCUACUACCUGGGCAGCUCCUUCAGGAGCCCGCUGCCGUGGUCAUGUGACGCGGUGGCCAACGCCGCCCUUUGUGGGAACGGCACUGGAAACAGCUCAUCUGGACAAAGGCUGAGUCCCACCGAGAUAUUCUGGAAUGAAAAGGUGCUGGGUGUCGUCAACAGCGACGGGCUUCAUGACCCGGGCCCCGUCCGCUGGCCCCUGGCUCUCUGCCUGCUGGCCGCCUGGAUCAUCAUCUUCCUCUGCAUGCUCAAGGGCAUCCGCAGCUCCGGCAAGGUGGUUUAUGUGACCGCCACCUUUCCCUACUUUGUGCUGGUGGUGUUGAUUAUCCGAGGGGCCACGCUGGAGGGGUCUUUACAAGGCAUCACCUUCUACCUCACCCCGGACUGGGAUCGACUUGCCAAUGCUCAGGUCUGGAACGAUGCUGCCUCUCAAAUCUUCUACUCGCUGGGUAUCGGCGUCGGGGGUCUUCUGUCGAUGGCGUCCUAUAACAAGUUCGACAACAACGUCAUCAGGGACACGCUGAUCAUCACCACCGGCAACUGCAGCACCAGCUUCUUCGCCGGCUUCGCCAUCUUCUCGGUGCUGGGGCACAUGGCGUGGAGGAAGGGGGUUCGUGUCGCCGAGGUGGCCGAUACAGGUCCUGGCUUGGCGUUCGUGGCGUAUCCCGAAGCGCUGGCUCUGCUGCCGGGCUCUGUGUUCUGGUCCAUCCUGUUCUUCCUCAUGCUCUUCAUGCUCGGGGUCGACACUCUGUUUGGGAACAUGGAGGGAAUCACCACGGCCGUGCUGGACGAGUUCCCGCACCUGAGAGGGAACUCGCUGCACAAGGCCUUGUUUUUAGGAGCUCUGUGUUUCUGCUUCUACCUCAUGGGUCUGCUGCUCAUCACGGAUGGAGGCAUUUACUGGUUCACUCUCAUUGACUCCUUCAGCACUAGUUUCGGCCUCAUCAUCAUCACGCUCUUCAUGUGCAUCGGCAUCUCCUUCUUCUAUGGGGUGAACCAGUUUUGCCAGGACAUCGUGGACAUGAUCUGCCCGUGUCCCCGGUGGUGCACCAAAGCCCUGUUCUACUUCAAGGCCUGUUGGGUUUUCUUCACUCCGUUCCUCCUGCUGUUCAUCCUGACCUACAUCUUCAUCGAGAUGUACAACACGUCGCUCAAGUACGGCUCCUACAUCUACCCGCUGUGGGGGAAGUCUCUGGGCGUGUGCAUGGGGGCCACAUGCUGCCUGCAGAUCCCCAUUUGGGCCGCCGUCGCCAUCUGGAGGGAAACGGGAACGUUACAAGAACGUUUCAUUAAAGCGAUUCGACCUCUGAACUCCUGGAGGGUGAACAACGUCAACCACAUGGCAAGGUCCGCGCCACCGGUGGAACCCGCCAGAGUGGAUUCGCCGUACACCGUCACGCUCACCGACAUGGACUUCACCGCCAUGACGUGGAACAUGGGAAGCGAGGCGUGACCCUGCAGUGGCAGGAGACAAGUGAAUCUACCUGGAUGUGACUUCCCUCAGCAGGUCGACCGAGUGUUCCUGCUGCCAGAGUGUUGAAAGACAUCUGCUGCAAGAUGCGUUUUAACUCAUCUGUGGUUUUAUGCGUACAUGUAUUUAUUGUUGAAGGGUUUAUCAACGAUGCGUCGAAGCGCAAAUGCAGACUGUACAAAACAGAUGGACUUGAAAAGCUGCAAGAUGGACAGUUACUAUAACAAUCCAUUUUAAAUGACUAUACCGUCAAUAAUGUGAGAAGGAAAGAUUGUUUAUUUACCUACUCAGGUUAUUACCAUAAUUCUGCCAAAUAUAUUUUCAGCUUUUUCCUGCAUUUCAAUAUUGUACAUUGAGUAUAAAGUGAGCUCCUUUUACAUUGAUUUUAAGACGUUCCAUGCUUUGCUUUCUUAUUAUUUUUCCCAUCAGACAUGUUUUCUAACUCGGUUCCCUGUUGUUAUUAAUGACGGCACUAGAUGCCUGAUGUGAUGCACAUAUGUAUCCGGACAAACAAAUGAACGUGCAUUGACUUGAAUGUACUCAUGUUGGAUUGAAAAGAACUAUUUGCACAGCGUUCACAUUGUACUGUUUAUUCCUGGUCGAUGGUGUUUGUCGCCCAGCACCGACAGAUUUACACUGUUGACUUUUAUUAUUGUUUUUUUUAAGUGUUGUAAAUAAUAAAA